UAUUCGUUUCUAUAAUAUCACAAGAUGAAAUAUCUAUGGAUAAAAUAAUUUCUAAUAAUUGUAUUUAAAAGCAAAUGGAAGAAGAAAUUAUAUUUACUUAAUAUUAAUCGUACUUAAGUAACCGUGUGACUUCGCAAGGAAAGAAAAUCGUUUCGCAAUGGAAGCAGCUAUGAUAGGAGGAGAGGAUUACAAAGUCCUUGACGAAUGUUUGGAAGAAGAAGAUACGUUAAAUACCCUUGAUCAUUUAAACCAAAUGGAAGUUGAGGAAGAAAAUGACUCUCAAAACUAUAUUGGAACAGAAAUAUCUAAUAAUGAAAACAAGCAGUCUGUAGCAAAAAGUUUAUCUGAAAAUAUUACUGAAUCUAUAGAUACCAAUGACAAUAUGCAAUCUGAAGCAGAAAGUUUAUCUGAAAAUAUUACUGAAUCUAUAGAUACCAAUGACAAUAUGCAAUCUGAAGCAGAAAGUUUAUCUGAAAAUAUUACUGAAUCUAUAAAUUCCAAUGAAAACAAGCAAACUGAUGCAGAAAAAUUAUCUGAAAAUAAUAUCUGCAAAAAUCAAAAAGAAAUUACAGAAGCAAGUAUCACACCUAUAGAUAUUUCACCUUCUAACGUAGAAACAAAAAUACCCAAAAAAAUAGAAACCCAUUGGUAUGAAAAGAAGCUAACUGAAAAAUUAGAUACUAUUAAGGAACGAAUGUGUAAAUUAGCACGUGUUUUAGAAAAUUCUUAUCCAUCUUAUAAAACAUGGCUAGAUUAUACAGAAAAACUUAACGGAUCACCUCUAUGUAAACUAGAACCACCACGUCGUUGGCCAUUAGAUAAACAUCAUACUAAUCGUUGGAAAUUUAAUUGCAGCAGAAUAAGUGUGGAGGUAUCAGAGAAGGGGGAUGGAUCUCUUCACAGUAAAGAAAAAGUGUGGCAGGUGGAACCAGCUGAAGCAUGGGGUGUUAGUAAACAUACCAUCCCUGAGAUUCCGCCUUUUGUAUUACGCGCAGUCAAGAUAUUCGAAGAUUUUCUUCAAAAUGCACAACAGGCGGAUGAAGCUCUUCUCUCAGAACAAUUCUCUAGCGAUACAUGCAUAGAAAUUGAUCAGAAAAACGAAACAAAACCACGAUGGCUUUGGCUCAUAGUAAGAUGUAAUAGCUCAGAGGAAAUUAUGCUAUUUGUAACCGGAAAAAAUAUUAGUCGGAGUACCAUGGAUCAUUUGAAACAAGUAUAUGAAUCUGGGCCUGGAGAAAAUUGCAAUGUUAAAUCUAUCUACUGUGAAACUAUAUUUAAUAAAUCUAAUGAUACAGUUGCCUCGAAUACAACAUUUGUGGUAGGAUCGGAAGUUUUAGACGAAGUUGUCGGAGGUAUUAAAGUACAAUUAGCUCCCAAAACGAAUUUUUGGACUAACCCUGUAGGUGCAGAGAACGUAGCAAAAACUGUAAUAGAAUUAUUAGAACCUACAUUGAAAACAACAGUUCUUGAAGUUGGAUGUGGAUUUGGUUUGAUUGGAUUAAUGAUAGCAUCUAAAUGUCGAAAAGUUAUAGGAGUUGAUUCAUUAUCACAAAUUGAAGAAGCAGAAAUGACAUGCGAAUUGAAUAAUAUAAAUAAUGCUUCUUUUAUAGUGGGUUCUUCAUCUGAAGUUACAAAUGUAAUCACUAAUGUAUUAAGAAAUUGCAAAGCUUCUGCUAUCAUUAAUACAAGUACCAAUGUUGGACGAGCAACCGAUCUUAUGAUAUGCCUACGAAAAAUAUUUUCACUGAAGCGAUUAGUAAUGAUAACUACAUUGACAAAACAAACUGUACGUGCUAUAAUAGAAUUGGUUAGACCUGGUAAUCGAAACAUGGGAAAUCCAUUUAUACCUGUAAAAGCAUAUCUAGUCGAUACAUUACCAAUUGGCCCACAUUUUGAAAUAGUAAUUUUAAUGGAACGACAACCUAUGUAUAAUCAAUUAUUGUUUCUUGGAGCAUUACAAGAAACAAGUUCCAGCAACAAUACUGAACUAGCAGCUUCUUUAUUUAAUAAGAGAAAAAUAAACCAACAAAAAUUAGUUGAUAAGAAGACGAGAUUUAAUCGUUCUAAAGCAAAAUUAAGAGGAAAACGUCUUCAUUCGCCAGAAAGAAAUGAAGGUCCAGCAAAAAAAUUCGACAGAAAGUCAGAUAAAACUGUUGCCAAGAAGUCACGCAGAGGUGAUUGGUCAAGAAGAAAGAGUAAAGUAGAGGAAGGUUCUGAACUUCGUAUUAAUCCUAUGAAUGAAAAAAAGGUACGAGAAAACAUUGAUCGAAUAGAUCUACGAAAAAAGUUGUCAAAUAAUCGCAUUGACCCUGAAAUUAUAAAUAAAGUAAAAGAACAGCAAGCUAUCUUAGAUGCAGCGAAAGAAAAAUUAAGUGGAUCUUCUGCUGCGGUAGAUAUAACAACUGCUAAAGAAUUACAAGAUAUGUUGAAUAUGGUUCUUGAACAAACGAACAGACUUCAGAGUCAACUACCACGUUCAGUUUGGGAUCGUAUUGCACCACCUGAUACAACUGGACAUUCAACUGACAUAAAAGAUAAUCAAUCUGAUCCGUUACUUAAGGGUCGUUAUAUACAAGAAAUAGGAACGAAAGACAUUUUAAUAACUAAGGAAAAUGAAAAAUUUCUAGAAAUUGAUAAAGAAAAAGUAAUAAAACCAAUGUAUAGAAAAUAUAAAAACAUAGACCCAAUAAAACCAAAUUUGUUCGUACCAUUAAACAAUGAUACACCUAUAUUGAAUAGAUCUUUACGAAAAUCAUCAGAACAUUAUCAUGGAUCAGAUUGUCGUAAACAUAAUUUUGAUGAAAUCUCUUGGAAUAAAAACAAAGAUUUUGAUAAACCUUGCUGGUGUAAAUCUAGCAGUACAAGGAAACGAACACCGUCACCUAUGAGGAAGCAUACAUCUCCUCUAAGACAUCGCUUAUCUCCUUCAAGACGAUUUUCACCGAAACGUCCACUCUUAUCUCCACCAAGGCGACCACUUUCUCCUCCUAGAAAACAUAUUUCUCCUCUUAGGCGUCCAAUUUCUCCCUUCAGAUCGCAUAAUACUUUAAUAGAUCGUUCUUAUUCUCCAUCAAAUCGUUCAAUAUCAGGAUCAAGACGUACUUUAACACCACCUAGACGUGCAUUUUCUCCAUUGAUGCAUCAAGUAUCACCCAGAAGACAUAUGUCACCACCAAAACAAUACACGUCUUCAAUGAGAGCUUCUAUGACAUCACCAAGAAAAGAAAUGUCUCCUAUAAGAAAUCAAGAAGCUAUAGAAAAAAUACAUUAUUUAUCGUCAUCUGGAAGGAGGAUACAUUCGUCAAGUCUUGAUCCGCAAGCAAUAUAUCAAGAUAUACUACUGUAUCAAGAAAGACAGCAAUCUCCUAUGCGAGUGGAAUCAUCAUUUCGAGUCGUUUCGAAUCCUAUGUACGACUUAAACCGUCAUAACACACCACCUGACGAAUGGGAUAUACCAAGUCGUGGUGCCAUUGAACAAAGUACUUCGCAUCCUAGUAAUAAAAUACCCAAUAAAUCGUGGUGUGAUGAAAGACAAUCUUCUAAUUCAAAUGGGAACCAACAAGCUUCUAAUGUUAAUAGAUAUCGUAAUAGUACUGUAACUCAAGAUAAGUGGAAUAUUAAAAACUCUUCUCAAGAUAAUGUGAGAAUUUCUGUUGGAGAAGAUAUGUGGAAUACUAAACCAUCAUCAGUGAUGCAAGGUUCAAAGGAUGCCUGGACUACAAAUUUCGAUAAUAGGUGGUCAGGAUCUUCGAGCUUAUCACUAAAUAACGAUAAUUGGGGUAUUCAAGGAAAGGAAAGUUUCAGUAGCAGAGAAGAAUCCUUGAUGGAUAAAAAUAAGAGCAGAUGGACAGGUCUACGAAUUAAUAUGGAUGUUAGGGAUCAUAAAGGAGAUAAAGAUGAUUGGGACGAUCUUCCGGAAGAUGCAAUAGAUCCAUGGAGUGACGAUAAUAGUAUUAGUCAAAAGGAAAAACGAUGGUACAUAAUUCGUAAAUCAAUCGGCCCUUUACAUUCGUCCGAACCAAGAAUCCCAUCAAGUUGGGAAAGAGAACACGAAAUGAUGGACUCAUGGUCUAAUCAAAAAGAUAAUUGGCAAAACAAAGGACAAUCUGCCGGAACUUCCAAAUCUCUUUGGGAAAGCAAUAAUAAUCAAAAUCAAAGAGAUGAACGUUGGAUGGAUAUUUCAAAAAAAUCGCAAUCUCCUGCUUUCCACAGUAAAAACACUUUAGGAAUGUCAUGGCAACAGCAGCCUGUAUUAAAUUUACAAGCUCAGCGUUCUUCUACAACGGAUCACUUUAACCCUUUCAAAACGGCGAAAAAUCAGUCUGAGUGCGAAUCAUUCUUGAGAAGUCAGAAUGACAGAACUCCUCCAAGGGAAUAUAGAGAUUAAAAAAAAAAAAAAACCAAUAACGGUGAU